AUGACAGAGCCUGGCCUCAGAUUCUACACCGAUUACGAGCUAUAUAAAGAGAGUGAUAUUGCACCAUCUCCUGUAGAGCAUCCUGAUGUUACGCUGAUUUCAGCAUUACCUACUUCGACAUUUGGAGCGUACAUGGAAUCUUUUACUCCAAAUUUUCAAGAACCAUCCUGGGAAUCAAUAGACUACAGCCGAAAUUGUUUUUCAUUCACUGAUGUAGCUUCUUCAUUUGAUUCAGACGGUUCUUUCCUAUAUAUUCAAGACUCACCUCCAGAUGUUAUUACAAAGCCAACCGAUGGCAUUAAUACUCCUCAAAUUGAGCUCUUUUGGCAAAGAUAUAAUGAAUAUCCUCAAUACCUGAAAAAGAUCAAGAAACGCAAUCGCAGAAAGGCCAAGAAAGGCAAUAAGAACAAUUAA